GCGUUGUCUCUAGCAUUUACAAAAUAUAAACAAAGGAAUGGCUGGUCUCAUAAAGACCUUCUGAGGUUGUCCCAUCUAAAACCUGCCAAUGAAGGAAUUGCUAUAGUCGCUAAAUAUAUCACCAAGAGAUGGAAGGAAGUUCAAGAGGCAUAUAAAGAGAAGGCACUUUCUGCUGAGACUGAAAAACUCUUAAAAUAUCUGGAAGCAGUGGAAAGAGUAAAACGCACAAAAGAUGAAUUAGAAGUUAUUCAUUUGAUCGAAGAGUAUAGUUUAGUUAGGGAGCAUCUCCCAACAAACCAUUUGAAAUCUAAAGAGGUAUGGAAAGCAUUGCUACAGGAAAUGCCCCUUACUGCAAUGUUGAGGAAUUUGGGAAAGAUGACAGCAAUUUCAGUACUAGAACCAGGAAGCCCAGAAGUGUCACUAGUAUGUGAAAGACUGAAAAAUGAGAAAAUGUUAAAAAAGGCUCGAAUACAUCCGUUCCAUGUUUUGGUUGCAUUAGAGACCUAUAAAAGAAAACGUGGAAUCCAGGGCAAGCUUCGGUGGCGUCCUGAUAAGGAUGUUUUAGAGGCUCUUGAUGCUGCAUUUUACAAAACAUUCAAGGUGGUAGAACCAACAGGAAAGCGCUUCAUACUUGCAGUUGAUGUCAGUGGUUCCAUGUCACAGAAAGUUCUUGGUAGUGUGUUAGAUGCAAGUACAGUUGCUGCAGCAAUGUGUAUGGUUGUUGCACGUACUGAGAGAGAUUCCCAUAUUGUUGCCUUUUCACAUGAAAUUGUCCCCUGUCCAGUGACAGUAGACAUGGCAUUACCUCAAGUAUUAGAGGAAAUGUCUACAAUUGAGAUGGGUGCCACUGAUUGUGCUCUCCCAAUGAUAUGGGCUGAAAAGACUAACACAGCUGCUGAUGUCUUCAUUGUUUUUACUGAUAAUGAGACAUACUUUGGAGAGAUUCACCCUGCAGUUGCUUUGAGGAAAUACAGAGAGAAGAUGAGCAUUCCAGCAAAACUGAUCGUUUGUGGAAUGACAUCAAAUGGUUUUACCAUCGCAGAUCCAGAUGAUAGAGGCAUGUUGGACAUGUGUGGUUUUGAUGCAGGAGCUCUUGAAGUUAUUCGAAACUUCACCUUAGAUUUGAUAUAAUUCCUGGAUACCUAUUAUUACCAGUGGGUCCAUUGCUGGCAAUAGACUUCACCCUGGGAACUACCAGCCAAGUGUACUGUACUAGAAGAUGGUACAUGAUUCACGUAUAAGAAUGAUGUUGCCUUCUGAAACAGAAAUCAAAAAAAGCAUACAAGAAUUUUCUUUUUUUCUCUUGCAUACAGGUUAAAAAUAACUACGUAAAGCCUGCUAAGACUAGCUACUGGGGUACAUGGUAUAUGAUUUAAUUACUUUAUAGUUUACCAGUACUAAGAUAUUUUUCUGUCCUUGUAGACUAUUUUUGUUUGUAAGAAUAAAUUGGUGAGACACUGGUAUUGGUGGGUUCAAGGAGGAAGGAAAAGUAGUUUGUUUUGAUGACUCUUGUAAAGGCGUGUGUCUUAAUGAGAGUUUUUUCAUGUUUGUAUUUGAAAAGAUUAAGAUGCAACAUCUCUAUUCAAUUCUGCAAAAGAAAUAUUUUCAGAGCACAUUUGACCAUGUCACUGUGAUUGAGUACAAAAAUACUUGUCAAAUUUUAUGUGGACAAAGUAAAAGUGACAAUUUUGAUUUAUCUUUUCUAAAUAGAUUGUGAUUUUGAUAUUCUAGAAUGAAAUCUGUAACUUUCUGGUAAAUUGAAAGGCAGUGCUAUGGACUGCAAAGUUAGUUGACACUCUUGUAAAACUGGUAUGCUUUGCAGGAAAUAGUACAAACCCUUUGUAGUAGAGAAAAGGUCCCUGAAGUUGUUUAGGUUGCUCAUCCGAUGUGAAUGUGCUGAAGUUUCGGCAGUUUUUCAGUGACGAAGAUGGACAGAGACCCUGGAAUUGGCAUUACCCUAAAGUGUGAUCAUGACAAUCGAAAAGAACUUCACUGCAUGUUUUUCUUCCUCAUCCCCUCCCCCCCCAUGUGUUGAUGCUACAGAAAUAAUCAUCUUGACUAGUGCUUUGCAUUAUUUAAAAGUGACCUUUUUUUCUCUGAUAUUUACUGAUUAGAUCGACUCAGUCUAACUUUUUAAUACGGUUUCAGUUCUUAUAGUGACCUAUUCUGAGA